CUCCCACGAGGAUGGAGCAAGAGGCCGCGCUCCGCUCGCACACAGGCCGGAGCCCAACAGGGAUCAGCGUUCACCCGCUCGGACGAGGACCGCGAGGAGCCGCUCUUAUCUGCAGCCGAGGGAACAAAAGCAUGCUGAGCUUCAGACGCGUCUACAUGUUCAGCUACAACCUGUUCCAGUUCUGUGGGCACACGUGGAUCCUGGCCAACACCAUCGCCCGGUCCCUCCGGUUCGGCCAAGACGCCCUGGCCGACACCUUCUACUCCGUGGGCUUCGUGAUGAGCCUGUGCCAGCUGCUCUCCGCCCUGGAGCUCUUCCACAUCGCAGACGGGCUGGAGAAGGCCAGGCUGCUCCCUCGCUUUGUGCAGGUCACGGAGAAGAACGUCCUGCUGGUCAUGGUCAUCACGCUGGAGGAGAUGCAGAGCAAACCCGUCGUGUGCGUCCAGUUCUUCCUGUGGAACGUCCUGGACCUCUUACGAUACCCACACGAGCUGCUGUGCGUUAUGGAUGAACUGCCACCGGCCAUGCUGUGGGCUCGAUACACACUCUGGAUCCCCCUGUACGUCCUGUCGGUCGUUAGCGAAGGCGUCACCGUGUAUCAGGCUCUGCCUCACACCGAGUCGCUGGCCUCCAGCUCCGCUCUGAACUCCACACACGUCCCCCUGCCCCUCAUCCUAGUGGUCUACCUGCACGUCCUCGCUCUGGGAGCCUGUGUAACAGUCUGGCAGCUGCUGAAGGAGCGACAGGACCAACUGGAGAAAUGGAGUAAGAAGAUGAAAAGGCAAUGACACUCAAAAAGGCCUGAACUGCACUGGACCUGAUAUAUAUAAAAAAAAAAAAGAAAAACAGAGAGACCCUGAAGCCAGAAGUCCCAAGUGGAGCUUCAGGAGCAGUUUCUAUCACUGUGCGCCUCCACACGUUUGAGGAAGGUGGCAACGAAAAUAAAAGAUGCAGUUUGCAGGUGACAAAUCUCCAUAUGAAGACAUUCACGCCCGUCGCCAUGGUAACAGCAGGCUGAAGGUAACUCUGAGCUACCAGCCACAGGUUCGGGUCCACACAGCUUUCUUCUUGAACUCAGCGGAGGACUUCAGGGCCAACAGGGCACCUGAAACACAGGGACAGAAGCUGAAGCAGCCUGGAUGCACAGAGGGUGUGUGUGUGUGUGUGUGUGUGUGUGUGUGUGUGUGUGUGUGUGUGUGUGUGUGUGUGUCAGCAUUUAUUACUCUGGAGACACAUGUUACAAUAACAGUCUUAGAGCUUCCUUCACCAUUGAACACUCGUUUCCCAAUCAAGCAUUUUGCAAAGUAAUGGACACACAUUUGUAUACUUUGAAAUCUACAUGAACUACAGCAUAAUAAAAAGAAAUCCCCUGAGUGAA